UGCUAUCUGGACCUCUGCGGCCGCCGUAGUGCAAACAAACAUGGCGUCCGAUGGAGAGAGCGAUGAAGAUUUUGUCACAUAUGGAUCUCCUUUGGAGCCUCUUGAAGAAGAUGAACCAAUUCGAAAGCCGAUACCGGUGCAAGACCAGACGGUUAAGGAUGAGAAAGGCCGUUACAAGAGGUUUCACGGCGCCUUUACAGGAGGCUUCUCUGCUGGAUACUUCAACACUGUUGGGUCGAAAGAAGGCUGGACACCAUCCACGUUUGUGUCGUCGAGACAGCAGAAAGCAGAGAGGCAUGACGCUAGGCCAGAGGAUUUUAUGGAUGAAGAAGAUUUUAGUGAGCAUGGUAUUGCACCACGGGAGAUCACCACGACUGAUGACUUUGCUUCUGGGAGGCCAGACCAGCUCAAGGACAAAGCCCAGGCCAUCAGCUCACUUUCUGCACCCAUCCCAGGAGACACUCUGCUGGAAGAGAUGAUUACACCCACACGGUCAUCUAUAGGAGUGCAGCUGCUUAGGAAAAUGGGCUGGAAGGAUGGGCAAGGGGUUGGACCCAGGGUGAAGAGGAGACAAAGGAAACAAGAGCCAGAUGUCAGAGCUUAUGGAUGUGCUUUGCCACCCAAUGGAUCUGAAGAAUCUGAGAAUGAAGAUGAGUUUGCCCCAGAAAAUGUGACCUUUGCGCCCAAAGACGUGACCCCAGUGGAUUUCACCCCUAAAGAUGACCUGCAUGGUCUGGGCUACCGAGGACUUGACCCCCUCCAAGCUCUGGCAGGCCAUUCAGGGAUGGGGCAUAUCAACCUGUUCACACUGGACUCUGAUAGGUCCAGUCUGUUUGGAGAAAGGAAGCCAGGACAGCAUCGUAAGGGUGGAAUCGCAGGACAGGCAUUUGGAGUGGGAGCAAUGGAAGAGGAGGAUGAUGAUAUCUACCACAGAGAUGCCAUGUCCAACUAUGAUGCUGUGCUGGGAGGGGAGGAGCCAGGGGAUGGACUGUAUGGAUGGACCGCCCCUCAGCAGUACCACAGCAAAAAGAAUGACUCUAAAAACGAUGCUGCAUAUGUGGGAAAGAUUUUGGAAGGUUUCACCUUGGCUUCCAAAGGCACAGAAGUUAAAACGGUAUUUCCACCGCCAGUUCUCCCACGAGAUUACCGGCCAGUGCAUUAUUUCCGGCCAGUGGUGGACCUGUCAUCUGUCAGCCCGAUCGUAGCCCAGGCCCUGCAGGCAUCUCGUGGACACCUAUCCCAGGAUGCACCACAGCAGGGUCGCCACAUGCUGGACUCGACCCAGAGGAGAGAAAUGCUAGGAGAGACCACCCUACAAGGCCCUAGCUCUGUGUUUGAGCUCUUGGACAGUAAGGACAGAGAGAGGCUUAGUGGGAUCCGUAAGGCAGCAGAGGACAAGAGAGCGCUGGGAGACAUGGCUUCUCCCGAGGGCCGUGCUGCAGUGGUGGCAGCUGCCCGAGCCUCUGCCCUUCAGGCUCUUUCCAGCCGCUUCCAGCCCACUAGCCCACAGCCUGAUCCCACCACUCAGCCCCAGGUGUCUGCCUCACAGGGACCCCUGCGAGCCCAGCCCCAGGCUUCAGCUGCUGCCCAGCUGGCCCUCUGUGCCUGGUCCAGCCCCACUGCUAACACCAGCCAGACCUUCAAGCCAUUUGAAAAGAACCCGGCCAAACAGGCUCGCUACGACCUCUACAUCAGUCGACUCAAGCAGGGCGAUAAAGAGGCUCUCGAGUCGAGUCUGGACCUGACGAUGACCGAGUGGGAGAGGGGCCGUGAGCGGGAGGAGUUUGUGCGCGCUGCCGUGCUCUACAAGCCGAGCAACUCCUCGCUCUCCUCCCGCUUCACCCGUGCCAAACACGAGGACAGCGAGGACACUGUGGAGGUGGCUCGAGAUCAGGAGAAUGAUGCAGAUGAUAAGCAGGCAGCAGUGAAGAUGAAGAUGUUUGGGAAACUCACCAGAGAAACCUUUGAGUGGCACCCCGAUAAACUACUAUGCAAGAGGUUUAAUGUCCCAGACCCUUAUCCGGGCUCGAGUGUAGUGGGCAUGCCCAAAGUGAAGCGAGAUAAGUUCUCUGUGUUCAACUUCCUGACCAUAACAGAAGACAGAGGGGGCUCUCAGUCUGCCUCGGGGUCAGCCAUUGGGCCUGCCCCUGGCCCCACCCCCACAGCCACUGGCAAACGCUCCAGGUGGGACGUGACUGGCCAAGAGGUAAAGCCUAAAGACCCACUCAGCAGGUUCAUCAGUGAGGCGCGAAGUGAAGUGAGUGCAGCACACCAGGAGCAGACAAGCACAGCUGCAACCGCCCCAGACCCUACAGCCACUGCCCAGCCUAAAACAACUGAGCCUGUGACCGAACAGACUGCCAAGCAGACUGAGGAUGAUGACAGGGCUGAUGAGGAAGAGGUCAGACCACCAAUGGACCUGUUCAAGGCCAUCUUUGCCAGCUCUUCUGAUGAGAAGAGCUCGUCUUCCUCUGCGGAAGAAAGCGGUGAAGACGAGGAACAGGAAGCAAAGCCUCAGACGAAUGAACCAAUUGCAGCAAGUGUCAACCUGCUUGCCCCACCUGUUUCUACUGUUUCAUCAAGCAGUAUGACGGAGUCCAAGCUUCUCUCAGACAAGGGGGAGCAUCCACACUUUUCAGAGUCCAAGCUUCUCUCAGACAAGGGGGAGCAGAAGGAUGCAUUGGCUGUUUCUUCUGUUCAGAUGGGAGGGCUCGACAGUGAGGAGUUUGGUCCCAGACUGCCCCCUCCUGGACAAGUGUUCCCCUCAUCUUCAUCACAGGCACAGGAGGAGACAGCUAAGAAACAGAAGCACAAAGCCAAGAAAGAUCACAAACACCGGAAAGAGAGUAAGCAUAAGAAGAAGAGUAAGAAGCACAAGCAUAAAGGAAAGCAGAAGAAGAAAAAGAAGAAAGCAGAGGAGUCCGACUCCAGCUCGGACGACUCCGACAGCGACGAUGUCGCUGAGUUGGGGGCGGCGUGCACGGUAGAGCUGCUCCAGAGGUUAAAAAAAUCUUCGUGGAAAGAAGUAAAGAAGUGAUUUCUUUGAGAGGGAUAACCCAUCCUCCAUGAGGAUUUUACUACAAUACAUAGUUUAAGGAAAUAAUACCUGUAAAUGACUACUCUGUGCCCAUCUUCAACUUUAGCAAAAUUAAGAAAAUGCCUUGUAAACUUGUACAUGACUUUAAAAUAAAGUUACUCUGAAUGACCCCCCCUACUAUGUUUUAGUCCAUAAUGUAUUAUAAAUCCCCUCACUAUCAGCUUUAUUUGAAACACUUGUUUAAUAAAACACCUUGUAGAUGUAUGGUAAUGGACUAUAGUCCAAAGUCACAUGCAUAAGUUGCCUUAAUAUAGAAGCCUCCAUUGGCUUCACCAUUGUUUCACUGCUGGAUGUGCUAAAAAACGCCUGUGAUGAACUUUGAAUGAAUGGUUGUCAACAGAUGCGUAAUAAUUUUAACAGCACCUAUGAUGUGAGCCUAAUAAAGUGACGAUAAGAAUAA